AGAAAUAUAGAAGUUAGGAGGCAACGUCAGGCAGUUUGUUGAGUUUGGGGCUACGUGAACGUCAAGACAGCAGAACAUUCCCUUGGGUGUCAUACUUACUGGUUACUUUGGUGAAUUUUAUUGUGGCACAUCUCAGACUAAAUGUUGCAGACCACAUGCACCCCUUCAUGGAAUCAAUAGGCAGAACAAUGCUUAGUAAACGUGUAAAAGCCCACAACAGGGUUUUUGUGGUGGCUAAUGGGGCACUUUUUGGGUGGGUGGAUGUGUCAAAUUCUGCAUAUCAGGAAAGUGAUUGUAUUUAUUCUUUCAUAGGCUCCUUCAGCUUUGUGAGGUCAUUAAUUGAAGAAUGAAGAGUGAUGUCAUCUCUCACUGAAAAGUAAAAGGUCCUGCCCCCUUUGGGCAGAGGAGUCUGUGCCGCAUGGCGUCGGGGCARGAUGGGCGGCAGGAGGUUGGGGUAUCGGGGGCCCUGGUCCUGGCCAAACCUCUCUACCUACAGCGGCUGGAAAGAUCCCUGAAGUUGGAUAGUUUUCUACGCCAAACUGCUGCUGUCUUUAACAGAGACAUAACCAGUGAUGACAGUGAUGACAGCGAUGGUGCACUGGGGUCRGGGCUCUCCUUGGACCCCUCCACCCGACAUGCAGCUUUGACAGUGAAGACGGAGCCGUGUGAGAAAGAGGACGGGMUGUCUGACGGGAAACCCCCAAAUGGAGUUCUUUUGCAGGGUAAAGAACAAAAGACAGAUAAAGCGAGCCUCUAUAAUUUUUCUAAGCUGAAAAAAAACAGGAAGUGGCUCAAGAAUAUCUUGUUGAGCGACGACACCACCGACUCUGACACAGAGUCUGAUGAUUCGAGCUUCAGUUUGUCUCGGGAGGAGCUGCACGACAUGCUUAGGCUCCAUCGUUUCACCAGGCAGCAGCAGAGCAAGUUUUACUCCGACAGAGAGCUUUAUCAGUAUCAGUACUACAGCACGGGGCUCCUGUCAACUCAUGACCCUUUCUAUGAGCAACAGCGUCACCUACUGGGCCCAAAGAAAAAGAAAAUUAAAGAUGAGAAGAAAUUCAAAGCGAAACUGAGAAAAGUGAAGAAGAAGAAGAAAAGAGGCGAGGGCGAGUUCCUGGACGAGGAUCGCCCGUACGUGAACAGGGUCUUUGCCAAGUUUUCCCACGAUGCUCCGCAGCCCAUGGUGAAGAAAAAGCAUCUCACCGUCGAGCAGCUGAACGCACGGCGGCGCAAAGUGUGGCUCACCAUCUCUAAAAAGGAAAUUCCCAAGUCUUUCAAGCAGAAGACCUCUGCUAAGAACUUGGUGUUGACAAAUGCUAAAAAGCUGGCUCACCAGUGCAUGCGGGAGGUCCGGCGUGCGGCCAUCCAGGCUCAGAAGAACUGCAAGGAGACGCUGCCCCGCGCUCGACGCCUCACCAAGGAGAUGAUGCUCUACUGGAAGAAAUACGACAAAGUUGAGAAAGAGCACCGGAAGCGAGCGGAGAAAGAGGCUCUCGAGCAACGGAAGCUCGACGAGGAAAUGAGAGAGGCCAAGCGUCAGCAGCGCAAACUGAAUUUUCUCAUCACCCAGACGGAGCUGUARGCUCAUUUCAUGAGCGGCAAAGCCAGCAUGGCGGGUCCAGGAGGAGACAUGGCUCAGGAGGAAAUUCUCAAAAAGCUUGAGGACAAUUCAGCCCAGAGACAAAUAGACGUUGGAGGUGGAAUAAUGGUCAACAUGGGACAGGAGGACUAUGACAGUGAAUACUACAAAAGUCAGGCACUGAGGAACGCCAGAGACGCGUAUCUGAUUCAUCAAGAGAGAACGAGAAUGUUUGACGAGGAGGCUAAAGACAGUCGCAGUGCCUCUCUGCACGUAGCCGGGGGCUCCUCGACCCUGGGGCUCGGCUCUGGGUUCGGGGAAAGCUACAGCCUCUCCAACCCAUCCAUCCAAGCCGGAGACGACAUUCCUCAGCCGACCAUUUUCAACGGGAAGCUGAAGGGUUAUCAGCUGAAAGGCAUGAACUGGCUGGCCAACCUCUACGAGCAGGGAAUUAACGGGAUCUUGGCAGACGAAAUGGGACUAGGAAAGACCGUUCAGAGUAUCGCCCUGCUGGCCCACCUAGCAGAGAGAGACAACAUCUGGGGUCCAUUCCUGAUCAUCUCUCCAGCRUCUACACUCAACAACUGGCACCAAGAGUUCAGCCGCUUUGUGCCCAAAUUUAAG